AAACCCCGCUCCACAAACGCCAAUCGAAGAAUUUUUUUUUUAAAAAAAUUGCUGGAGUACAAUAGAACUGUCUACAUAUGAAAAGCUUCAAAAAUAAUUUUCAAAAAACAAAAAAAAAGCUUCAAAAAUUAGCGAAGACCGCCAUCCAUCUACGUCUCUGCAGCUGAUCAACUCCCUUCCCUCCCUCCCAUGGCGUCCACCGUCACUCCCCUCUUUCCGGCCGCCAUUUUCUGCUGCUCCACCAACUCACCCUCCGGAACUUCCACUUUCAGCUCUAGCUCCAAUCCGAUUCCGACUCGGCGGCUGAAAGCUGAGCACACGGACGCCGGCCAUUUGCGGGCAAACACGACGAAGCGAACGGACGGUUUCUCUGCGGAGAACAUGAGAAGGUUCGAGAAGAUUCGCGACAACGGAGCUCCUGCAACGAGGCCGUUUUCCUUGGAGGAUCCGGAGAACCGGAGGAGCGUAAAGGAUUACUUGGAGCAGACCAAGGAUUUGGUUCGCUCCGUCGACGGUGGACCGCCGCGAUGGUUCUCGCCCUUGGACUGCGCCGCCUUCUCUCGCCUCAACGAUUCUCCCUUGCUUCUCUUUUUGCCUGGAAUUGAUGGCGUUGGACUUGGACUUAUAAUGCAUUAUAAAAAGCUUGGAGAAAUUUUUGACGUAUGGUGCUUGCAUAUCCCGGUCAAGGAUCGAACACCUUUUUCAGAGCUGGUGAAGCUGGUUGAGAAAACAGUUAGAUCAGAGCAUCAUCGUUCGCCGAAUAGGCCCAUAUACCUUGUUGGAGAAACUAUUGGAGCAUGCCUUGCGCUAUCUGUGGCAGCCCUCAAUCCCGAUAUUGACCUUGUUCUAAUUUUAGCCAAUCCAGGUACAUCUUUCAGACAAUCACAACUUCAACUUCUAAUUCCUUUAUUGGAAGUCGCGCCUGAGUCUUUCCAACUUAGCCUUCCUUAUAUGCUGAGUUUAGUUUCAGGUGAUUCUUUAAGGAUGGUCGAGGCUAUUUUUCAGCAGGGGCUUCCUCUGCCAAUGACUAUUGGAGAGCUAUCAAGUGAUCUGGUUGCAAUGUCAUCCUACCUCCCUGUUCUCGCUGAUAUUUUGCCAACAAAAACACUUCUUUGGAAGCUACAGAUGCUUAAAUCAGCUUCGGCAUUUUCCAAUUCACGCUUGCAUGCUGUAAAAGCUGAAACUCUUAUAAUUUCAAGUGGAAGGGACGUGUUGCUGCCUAGUCAGAAGGAAGCUACAAGACUCCACCAAUUACUUCCGAAUUGUAUGAUACGCAAUUUUGAGGACACUGGCCAUUUCAUCUUCUUGGAAGAUGAUGUGGACUUGGUAACAAUCAUAAAGAGUACUAGUUUCUACCGUCGUUCAAGACACCCUGACUAUGUGUUUGAUUACAUUCCACCAACUCCUUCUGAAUUCAAAAAGAUUAUGGAAUCAAACCAAUGGAUUUACGUGGCUACGAGCCCAGUGAUGCUCUCCACUUUAGAUACUGGGAAAAUUGUUAGAGGCCUUGCCGGCAUUCCUUCAGAGGGUCCAGUCUUGUUUGUCGGCUACCAUAUGUUACUCGGAAUCGAUUUGGCUCCCCUUGUAGCCCAGUUGUUGAUAGAAAGAAAUAUCCUUCUGCGAGGAAUAGCACAUCCUAUGAUGUUCAUGAAUCUUCAAAAAGGAACGUUACGCGAGUUUUCAUCAUUCGAUACAUACAGGAUUAUGGGAGCAGUUCCUGUCUCUGGAAAGAACAUUUACAAACUCUUCUCUUCGAAAUCUCAUGUCCUGCUCUAUCCUGGUGGAAUGCGUGAGGCUCUUCAUCGUAAGGGAGAAGAAUACAAGUUAUUCUGGCCAGAACAGUCGGAGUUUGUGAGGAUGGCAGCUAGAUUUGGAGCCAAAAUUAUACCUUUUGGAGUUGUUGGGGAAGAUGAUAUUGGUGAAGUCUUUUUCGAUUAUGAGGACCAAAUAAAAAUUCCAUAUUUAAGGGACCAAAUUGAGGAGUUGACGAAUCAGGUUGUGAAGUUAAGGAACGAUACGAAUGGAGAGGUAGCAAACCAACCUGUACACCUCCCAGGAAUCUUACCAAAACUCCCCGGCCGGUUUUACUAUUAUUUCGGGAAACCAAUUGAAACAGAAGGGAGGAAGCAUGAGUUACGAGACAGGGAAAAAUCGCAUGAACUGUAUUUACAAGUCAAGUCAGAGGUUGAGAGAUGCAUUGCUUAUUUGAAAGAGAAAAGAGAAAAAGAUCGUUACAGAAACAUAUUGCCUCGGCUAGUUUACCAAGCCACAAAUGGUUUUACAUCUGAAGUUCCAACCUUUGAAAUUUGAUCUUUUUGCACACCCAAGUUCCAGCCUUUACCCUCAUCAUUUUGGUUGGCAGGGAACAAAUUAUUUGCUCAUCAAUCGUUUGAUUCUUUGGUCCUAAGUGAUUGUAAUAAAGAAAAUAACGAAUAAAAAAAUAAACGAAAAAAAAAAUGAA